UUGGCAGGUGGAGGAGGAGCUGUCGCGGGCAUCCGCCUCACAGCGAUGGCGGCCGAGCAGGGCCGGCGGCGGCGGUGGCGGCUGCGGCUACGGCCGGAGACGGAGGUGGUGGCGGUAGUGGUGGGUGGUGGGGGCUUGUGACCGGGAGCCAUCCCCGGACCCGGGCACCAUGAGCCAAGGCCCCCCCACGGGGGAGAGCAGCGAGCCCGAAGCAAAGGUCCUCCACACGAAGCGGCUUUACCGGGCUGUGGUGGAGGCUGUGCAUCGACUUGAUCUCAUCCUUUGCAACAAAACCGCUUAUCAAGAAGUGUUCAAACCCGAGAACAUUAGCCUGAGGAACAAGCUGCGUGAGCUCUGCGUCAAGCUUAUGUUCCUGCACCCAGUGGACUAUGGGAGGAAGGCUGAGGAGCUUCUGUGGAGAAAGGUGUACUAUGAAGUUAUCCAGCUUAUCAAGACUAACAAAAAGCACAUCCACAGCCGGAGCACUUUGGAAUGUGCCUACAGGACCCACCUGGUGGCUGGUAUUGGCUUCUACCAGCAUCUCCUUCUGUAUAUCCAGUCCCACUACCAGCUCGAACUGCAAUGCUGCAUUGACUGGACCCACGUCACCGACCCCCUCAUAGGAUGCAAGAAGCCGGUGUCUGCCUCAGGGAAGGAGAUGGAUUGGGCCCAGAUGGCAUGCCACCGAUGUCUGGUUUACCUGGGGGAUCUGUCACGAUAUCAGAAUGAAUUAGCUGGCGUAGACACUGAACGGCUAGCUGAGAGAUUUUACUACCAAGCCCUGUCAGUGGCUCCCCAGAUUGGAAUGCCCUUCAACCAGCUGGGCACGCUUGCAGGCAGCAAAUACUAUAACGUAGAAGCCAUGUACUGUUACCUGCGCUGCAUCCAGUCAGAAGUGUCCUUUGAAGGGGCCUAUGGGAACCUCAAGCGGCUCUAUGACAAGGCUGCCAAGAUGUACCACCAGCUGAAGAAGUGUGAGACCCGGAAGCUGUCCCCCAGCAGGAAGCGAUGUAAAGACAUUAAGAGGCUGCUGGUGAACUUCAUGUACCUUCAAAGUCUGCUGCAGCCCAAGAGCAGCUCCAUGGACUCAGAGCUAACCUCACUCUGUCAGUCGGUCCUGGAAGACUUCAACCUCUGUCUCUUCUACCUGCCCUCCUCACCCAACCUCAGCCUGGCCAGUGAGGACGAGGAGGAAUAUGAGAGUGGUUAUGCCUUCCUGCCAGACCUGCUCAUCUUUCAGAUGGUCAUCAUCUGCCUGAUGGGUGUGCACAGCUUGAAGAGAGCAGGGUCUAAGCAGUACAGUGCAGCCAUUGCCUUCACCUUGGCCCUAUUCUCCCACCUCGUCAAUCAUGUCAACAUCCGGCUGCAGGCGGAGCUCGAGGAGGGCGAGAACCCCGUCCCGGCUUUCCAGAACGACAGCCCAGAUGAGCCAGAAUCUAAGGAAUCCCUCGAGAAAGAGGAGGAGCUAGAUCCUGAGCCCACUCCCUCAGUCCCCCAAGUGGAUGAGGGCAGAAAGAGCCGCAAGUUCUCCCGACUCUCCUGCCUCCGCCGCCGCCGCCACCCGCCCAAAGCGGGGGAUGACAGUGACCUGAGUGAGGGUUUUGAAUCAGAUUCAAGUCAUGACUCGGCCCGUGCCAGCGAGGGUUCCGACAGUGGCUCAGAUAAGAGUCUUGAUGGUGGGGGCACAGCUUUUGAUGCUGAGACAGAUUCGGAGAUGAAUAGCCAGGAGUCCCGAUCAGACCUGGAAGACAUGGAGGACGAGGAGGGAGUGCGGUCCCCGUCCCUGGAGCCCUCUCGGGCCAGGUCAGAGGCUCCGGAGACCCUCAAUGGGCCACUGGGCCCCAAUGAGGCCAGCCUUGCCAGCAAUCUACAAGCCAUGUCUACGCAGAUGUUCCAGACCAAGCGUAGCUUCCGCCUGGCCCCCACCUUCAGCAACCUGCUGUUGCAGCCCAGCACUGAAGCUCACACCUUGACAAGCCGUGGGCCUUGCAUCAACGGUGAUGUGGAGAAGACUGUGGAGCCAGCCUUGGAGGAAGGUUCCGAGUCCGAGGGGAGUGAAUCCAGUGGGCGCUCCUGUAGGAAUGAGCGCAGCGUCCAGGAGAAACUGCAGGUGCUCAUGGCCGAAGGCCUCCUUCCCGCUGUCAAGGUCUUCCUGGACUGGCUGCGGACCAACCCCGACCUCAUCAUUGUGUGUGCUCAGAGCUCCCAGAGUCUCUGGAACCGCCUGUCUGUGCUGCUGAACCUGCUGCCAGCUGCUGGUGAACUCCGGGAGUCUGGCCUGGGUCUGUGUCCCGAGGUCCAGGAACUUCUGGAAGCUUGCGAGCUGCCUGACCUCCCCUCUAGCCUGCUGCUCCCAGAAGACAUGGCACUCCGUAACCUGCCUCCACUGCGGGCUGCUCAUCGACGCUUUAAUUUUGACACAGAUCGGCCCCUUCUCAGUGUUUUGGAGGAGGCAGUGGUGCGCGUCUGCUGUAUCCGCAGCUUUGGGCACUUCGUUGCCCGCCUGCAAGACAGCAUCCUGCAGUUCAACCCUGAGGUGGGCAUCUUCGUCAGCAUUGCCCAGUCCGAGCAGGAGAGUCUGCUCCAGCAGGCGCAGGCCCAGAUCCGCAUGGCCCAGGAGGAAGCUCGGCGGAACAGGCUGAUGAGAGACAUGGCUCAGCUACGGCUGCAGCUCGAGGUCUCUCAGCUGGAGGGCAGCCUGCAGCAGCCCAGGGCCCAGUCAGCCAUGUCGCCGUACCUCAUCCCCGACACCCAGGCCCUCUGCCACCACCUCCUUGUCAUCCGUCAGCUGGCUGCCAGUGGCCGCUUCAUCAUCCUCAUCCCAAGGACAGUGAUCGAUGGCCUGGAUUUGCUGAAGAAGGAGCACCCAGGGGCCCGGGAUGGCAUCCGCUACCUGGAGGCGGAGUUUAAAAAAGGAAACAGGUACAUUCGCUGCCAGAAGGAAGUGGGGAAGAGCUUUGAGCGCCAUAAGCUGAAAAGGCAGGACACAGAUGCCUGGACCCUCUAUAAGAUCCUGGACAGCUGCAAACAGCUGACAUUGGCCCAGGGGGCAGGUGAGGAGGACCCAAGUGGCAUGGUGACCAUCGUCACAGGCCUUCCAUUGGACAACCCCAGCACUCUCUCGGGCCCCAUGCAGGCAGCCUUACAGGCCGCUGCCCAUGCCAGCGUGGACAUCAAGAAUGUUCUAGACUUCUACAAGCAGUGGAAGGAGAUUGGCUGAGACUGACCUCCAGGCCCUGCCGUGGGGCUGACUCCAAAUCUCUCCUGCCCUCCCUGGCAGCCAGGACCACCACCUGCAGUCAUCCCACCACAUGCACGCGCAUGGGAAGGAAGCCCAGCUGCACACGCACCAGCUGCAGGGAGGGCCCAGGAGCCACUGGGAGGGUGGGGGCCCCUGUUGCCACGAUGAUGUCAGGAAAGCGAGGAAAGUCUCGGUGCAGGAAAAGCCGAUGGGCCCCUGGCCAGCCUUCCUGCCCCGGCCCUCCGGGCUGUCCCCAGGGGCAGGCGGCAGGCGUAGGGGACUGCAUUUCAUGGGAGUGGUUCCUGGACAUCUGAGGGGAGGCCCAGCAGAAGGGGCCUUUGUGUUUACCCAAGAUGCAGGCCGCUGGGGGCGGGCAGGAGUUUGGACCCUCCAGGCCCUGGGGGAAGAGUUGGGUGAUCCCAGGUGUCUGGGUGGUUCUCUGCAGACCCCCUCCCCUCCUCAAGGACCACUCAUUUCCGUUUCGUCUCCUUCCACGGCGGUGGAAGGGAGGGGGCAGAGCAGCUGUGGGGCCAUCCAUGGGAACAGGGCCAGGGCUGUGCCCCCACCUCCUGCAGUUGCUGCAGGGGCCACACACGGAGUCACCUCACCUCACUCUGCUUCCCUGGGUCAGAUGGCCAGGGCAGGUGCAGGC